AUGCAUGAAGAGCAAGCUAAAUUAUCUUGGUUUUAUAACAUAAAAAUGGUGAUGGCAUACCACCCGACCUCUCGACCCAAUUUCUUCAACACCAGCAGGCAGGCCAAGUGGUGGAGAUUUAGGUGGAAGGGGAUCGGUAAUCCUUUAUAUAUGUCGGGCUGGGCUUUCUCGGGCCUCAGGGAGCUAAUCCUCGGGACUUAGAGUUUUUCCUCCAGAGCAACCAUUUGAAAGGGCAAGGUCGGCCAAUGUUUGAGGGCAAUAUGACCCUUAGACCCUGAAGAUAGUAUUUACCUAACGAGAAACUGGAGUUUCGACCAAGGUGGUUGACCCUUAGGCUCCAGUAGUCAUGAAAGUCAAGAAUAGUGAGCGAAUCCCCUGUUUGCGGCAACAGGGAGGGCGUCUGUCGAACCUCCUUGGGAAGAUGAACGCAUAGGGGUGGAAAUCCCGGCCCUGCAAGAUGAACAGCAAUACUUAAUCUUAAAUCUUGGGUUUUAAUAUUUUUUAUGAUUUAUGCUCCUCUAGCCCUUUUUGAAGCUUAUAGGUUUGAAAUCUCUCACUGUUUGGACUCUUUAGGAUUUUCAUCUAUUCUGAAUAUCGAAUUUAUCUCUUUUUUAUGGUAUCCAUGAAACUGAAUUCUCAGCUUUCGUUUUAUUAUUGUGGGAUUCAGUUUUGCAGGUGCAUCUUUAAAUCGCAACAUCUGAAACACUAGUGCACAAUCUUUAGUAUCUGGAUCUUAGAUCUUAGCAGGCAUCGGGCUUUACUGUUUGGCAUUCUCAAAUAAUUAGAAUGGUGCAUUUCGUACGCGGUCAUCAGUCCUCAUUGCAUUUUCUAAUUAUGAGGCUUGGGUUUCCAAGGGAUUCUAUCCCGGCACAGUCAGAUAAGCAACUGGGAGGGGUGGUUACAGCCCUCUGGCCUGACCUUAGGGAAAAUGAAAGGCCCAUGGACUUUCCCAUUUCCAUCCGACAGCAGAAACGGAGCCUUAAUCGUCACACGGCAUCAAGAAAGAUAGAAGUAGCUCACGCAUGAGCCGUCUUAGUCGGCAGCACCAUAUCAGACCGUGCCUUGGCUAUCGAAGCAAAUCGUCCUAGAGGCUUGCGAGCCGGCACCAGAAUAAGACAGCGGAUUGAAUUACUAAAUUAAUUAGGACCCAAAAAUAGUCAACUUUCUUCAAUAUUCAAGCAUCUUAUAUUGAUUUAGCUAUUGAAUAACAGGCUUUAUAUCUCUUUUUCAAUUAUCUGAUUAUCCUUAUAUAAAUGCAUAUCAUCUUUUGCUGUCUGGAAUCGCUAAUUCUUUUUUCUUUAUACUUUACAAUAUUUCUGCAAGAGAUUUUGAAUAUUUUAUUUUAUACACUAUAAUGAUUGGAGUAUUUAUAUUAAUAUGAGUUAAGCUGCAAAACGUCUAUGCUAUUGAAAAAUAUAAGCUGCUAAUUGUCAUUUCAACAGCUCUUAUGUUAAAAAGGAUUUUUUAUUAUGAGAACGAUAUUAGUGACAUCUUUUAUUUCUGUCUUUCCUAUUUUUUUUACGCUGCAAUUAUAUAUUUUCUUACCUUUUAUUUUUCUGUCUCAUAUAAAAUCUUAUAUGAUUAUUUUGAAAAUGCCAGGCAAGAGCUUCAAGAAAAAAGUAAAAAAACAGUUAGAAUCGAAGAGAAUAUAUGAAAAAUGUGCAAGAUAUAUAUAUUUGUUGCGCUUAUUGCUUAUGCUAUGUAUCUCACUCAUUCUUUAAUAACUUCUUUAUGAGGUGAAGUUAGAAUUUUAAAAGAACUAUUCUUUAUGAUUUUUUCAGGAGCAGCAGGGAAUAUUUUAGUCUGCUCUGAAGACAGCAAUUAUAUUUUACGCGAAGGGAUCUUAAAUUCUUUUUCAUUUUAUUGCCAAAUUUAUAUAAAUAUAUUAAAUGACUGGCGAGCCUUCUAGCCCUCUUAACACUUGUGGCUAGCGAGAACCAGUGACUUUUGGAAGAGGAUGGCGCUAAAAAAUUAUUUUAUAUACGGCUAUAAGUGGGAGCCCUACUAGCCGGACUAUCUUGACUCCAGGAAAGGUGGGUGCGUAUAAGGCUCUGCCAAAAUUAUUUGAAUUUUCUAGAGACUCACGCAAUUUAAGGAUCAGCUUAUUACGUUAGAGCGACAUACUGUAGGAAGCCCGAUAGUCCUGAUAGGUGAAGAUUAUGUGAGAGGCAAAAUCUAGCCCAUCUGGCAGAGAGAGAAAAACCUUCGGGGGAGAAACAAAACUUCCAUCUUCUGCAAGAUUUCCCAAACCUGAAAGCCUACUUCAAAAAGGGACAGAGGCUUUUUUCAGCUCCAUCAGGGUAGGUCCGACCUGCUCCAUAUGGAGUGCUCCUCGGAGAUCAAUUUCCUCAACGUCACCAUUUUAUUUCUCAGAUGGUGUAUGGAAUAUAUCCGACUGUGUUUUUAACUGACAUGGUCGAGCCUAGUUUCGGGUUAGCUGACAGCUCCGAAGGAGAUAAAAACCAUGGUGAGAAUGAUUCCCAGCGAGAUAACAGGUGUUGCAUCCUGGGUUUUCCAUUUUAGUCUUAAGAUAGCCAGAAAAUUUGAUUUUCGAAUUUUCUGAAGCUCACCCCGUUGGUUGUGACCCAGCGUCUCUGACUUGAUGGCAGCUAGUGCAAGCCCUCUUCUGUGAUGAGUAGCACAGUGGAAAGCCAAGUCCGAACUGGCAAGGCGAAUUGAUAAUGGAAGCUACUAGUGACCUUCGAACCUGCAAAAAGCUUCUCUAUCAUCUAGUCUAAGAUAAUUAAGCCAAAUAUUUAUAUCAAGAAGAAUUAUUAUAUUGAUUUUUUAA